CUGUGGACGUUAAUGGCUGCAAUGCCACAUGGAGCAAAAACAAAACAAAACAAAAAAACGUUCGCUUUGUAGGGAGACAAAUAGCUUUGUGUAUUACAUUUCAGAUAGAUAAAAGCAUGACGCGCUAAGAUAUAGGAACACCUUUGUUUCAGCGUCCUAAGGCACAAAAACAUGUUCCCACGUGACUUUGCAUGGGGAGCGGCAACGUCUGCGUAUCAAAUAGAAGGUGGCUGGCAAUCGGACGGCAAGGGACCGAGUAUCUGGGACACAUUUUGUCAUGAGAAAGGCAGAGUGUUUGGGGACCAGAAUGGAGAUGUGGCCUGUAACAGCUAUGAACUGUGGGAGAAAGACCUGGAGUGUAUCCAGCAGCUUGGACUGACACACUAUCGCCUGUCUUUCUCCUGGGCCCGCCUCCUGCCUGAUGGGACCACGCAACAUGUCAAUCAGAAAGGUGUGCAAUACUACAACAAAGUGAUUGAUGAUUUGCUAACCUCAAAUGUCUCACCGAUGGUUACCCUUUACCACUUUGACCUGCCUCAAGCUCUGCAAGACCGGGGAGGCUGGAAAUCACCUGGUAUAGCCAGCCUCUUUGACAACUAUGCUCAGUUUUGUUUCCAAACAUUUGGGGACCGUGUCAAACUUUGGAUCACUAUCAAUGAGCCACAAGUGUGCGCCAAACUGGGACACGAAGACGGCAUCCAUGCCCCAGGGUUAAAAGAGAAAGGCACCGCUGCCUACCUGGUAGGACACAACAUGCUGCGGGCCCACGCCAUGGCCUGGCACAGCUACAAUUCUCGCUACAGGUCAGAGCAGAAAGGUGCCGUGUCUGUUGCCCUCAACAGCGACUGGUAUGAGCCAUUAAACCAAGGUUGCCCCGAGGACAUUGCUGCUACUGAACGUGACCUUGCAUUUACACUGGGAUGGUUCGCCUGGCCUGUGUUUGUUACCGGUGAUUAUCCAGAAAUAAUGAGAUCUGCUAUAGACGCUCAAAGUAAGAAGCUAGGAUACAAUGCAGCCUCAAGGCUCCCCAGUUUCUCCAAGGAUGAAUCUGCCAUUCUGGGAACUGCCGACUUCUUUGCGUUGAACUACUACACGUCUCGCAAAGUCAAACCAGGAGGAGGUUGUGAAAAGAUGUUGUGUAUGAAGGGUGACAAAGAUACAGCGGAAGUUUUGGAUUCAUCCUGGCCCAUCAGUGGACUGUCCUGGCUGGCUGUAGUGCCGGAUGGCUUGAGGAAACUCCUAAAGUACAUUAAGGACACUUUCAACAACCCAGCGAUCUACAUUACAGAGAAUGGUUUCUCUCAGGUGGGGCCACUGCAGAUCGAGGAUGCCCAGCGCUGUGUGUAUUACAAGGACACCAUCUCAGAAGUGGCAAAAGCUAUACAAGAAGAUGGGAUCAACGUCCGUGGAUAUUUUGCGUGGUCCCUGAUGGAUAACUUUGAAUGGACCGAUGGAUUCAGCGUUCGGUUUGGCUUGUUCCACGUGGACUUCAGUGAUUUGAGUCGAACUCUGUACCAAUCUGGACGGGAAUAUGCAAAAAUCAUCUCAAAAUCCCGAUCUGGCCAGUCUAAAUAAGAGUAGCUGGAAAAAUGUGCGUUACUACGUGAAUUAUGGACAUGCUUUUGUUUUCAAGAACUGGAGUCAAGAAUCCAGAUUUUUUUUUUUUUUAAAGUAUUGCCUAUGAAUUUUUUUGUAGUUUAAAAAAAAAAAACAGCUGAUGAAUUGUCUCAGGAGUAUAAUUUCUCACUCGCCUUUAUGAUGUGAAGACAGGGACAAAAUAAGGUUACGUUAAUUCAGUGGUAUUUAAAUUGGUAUUCUAUCCUGCUGAAUCCCAACUCAUUGCAGAUAAGGAAGGUUUAUACAGAACCAGUGAGCUGUAAGGCCCUCCAACCGCUUCAUGGGGCUGGAGAAGAACUUAUGAAGAACCCAACAAUAAUAAUGGCAUUAUCACUGUGAAUGACUUUAUUGUGCAUACAUGUAUUAUGUGAAAGCUGACCUGUUCUUGCGGUCUGUUUACAUAUUUAAGAUCUUAUCUUUAGCUUAAAUCUACCAGCAAGAGUCAUGUGACUGGAAUCUGCAAGAUAUCUUGCAUUGAUGUCUUGCAUUGUUCUCGGAAUAGUUGUGGUUCACUAAAAGGUUGAAGGUUGCAGUCUGUAGCUGUAGUGACACAGGUAUGGGAAAACAUGCUCUGCAGUUUCGCUUUGUGAUGUGAAAGGCUGUUUCCUGUUUACAGACGUAACGCACACAGUGCACGUCAGCUUAAGUAGUCUUGGUAUAUUUAAGCACGUGUGACAUGCCCACAUGACGAUAACAGUACCUGAGGAAUGACAGGCGUCCUAGAGAAACCAGUCUCCACAGUUGCAUUCCUUAAAAUUGCAGGCAAUUUUAAAGCGCUAUAACCAGUGUCAGUAUGAGCAAUAAUGUGAUUAUAUCAAUGAAAGCAGUGAUUUAUGACCGCAAA